UGAUUAUAAUUAACUAUCAACUUAUAUUAGUUGUAAAAAUGUUGACCUCUUAACCAAUCAAUUUCCCCAAUUACAAUAUAACCCUUACUCUUCAUAUAAACUCCUAUCUCACACACACACAAACAAACAACACUCUUUUGAAAACAAAGAUCCGCGCCAUGGAACAAUCUCUCAUCAUCGUCCUCUUCACCGUCCUCCUCCUCCUCCUCACCACCACUCCCGGAACCCUAUCUCAGUCUUCUCCAGCCGCCGCACCUGCCCCUGCAGGACCAACAAAUGUCACUAAAAUCCUAGAAAAAGCAGGACAAUUCACUGUCUUCAUCCGACUACUCAAAUCAACCGGCGUUGCUAACCAACUCCUCGGCCAACUAAACAACUCCGACAACGGAAUCACUAUCUUUGCACCGAGCGAUUCCUCAUUCUCCAGUCUCAAAUCCGGAACCCUAAACUCCUUAAACGACGAGCAACAACAACAAGUAGAGCUGAUUCAGUUUCAUGUCAUACCAAGUUACGUCUCUUCCUCAAACUUCCAAACAAUAAGCAACCCUCUUCGGACUCAGGCCGGUGACUCCGCCGAAGGACAUUUUCCUCUAAACAUCACCACCAGUGGCAAUACCGUAAAUAUCACGACCGGUGUAACUAACACUACCGUCUCCGGAAACGUCUACAGCGAUGGACAGCUCGCUGUUUACCAGGUUGAUAAGGUUUUGCUUCCACAGCAAGUUUUCGAUCCUCGUCCUCCAGCUCCGGCUCCGGCUCCGUCGGUCACGAAAUCAAAGAAGAAGAAGGAAGACAGUGAUAGUUCCGGUGAUGAUUCUCCGGCGGAUGCUUCGUUUGCCUCGCGUAACGUUGGUUCUGUGUGUGAUGCGGUGUCGUUUUGCGUUAUGAGCAUCAUGCUCGCAUGGUUUUAUUUGUGAUGAUAUUAAGUUUUUUUUUUUUUUUUUUGUCCUUUUGAUAAAAGUUGUGGUGAUAAAAGUUGCUAUUAUUACUCAUGAUUUUGUGCCAUGUGGGUGAUUUUGGGGGUAUAUUUCUUUUUUGGUUUCCAUACGAUUUUGUGUUAAUCAACACAUCUGUUUUUUAUAUUUCCAUUUUCUUCUUUUGAUAAAAUUUAUAUUUCCAUUUCCAUUUUGGUGAGAGUGAAUUUGUGUAUUUGUUAA